AUGGCCUUGCGAUCCGUUCUACUUGCAUCGGUGCUGGCUACGGCCUCACUUGCCAGCGUCAUCGACCUUGAUAUCAAGGUUCGCAAUGGUUAUAGAACUAUUGAAGUAGACCUGGGAACCCCGGGUGGUCCGUAUGACUUGCUCUUUGACACCGGCUCAGCGACACUCUGGGUGGUUGAUGAGGAUUGCAACGACGGAUGUCCGAACGUGAGCGGGUACACCCGACACAAGUACAGUCCUACAUCAACUGGCACCUACCUCGGAGUUGCAGACUCCAUCGCCUACACCGGAGGCACCAUUGACGGCUUCGGCGCUUCCGACAUUCUCAGCAUCCCCGGAACCAAUGUCUCAUACCGCCAGACUUUCGCUGUUGCAACCGCCAGCACAUGGUCGGCGUUGGGAGCCGAUGGCUUCCUCGGCCUUGGGUCCUCAACAAUUGCCUUCAAGAACACCACCGCUCCGUUCGAGCAAAUGAUGCAGGACGGUCUCUUGGACAAGCCCCGGUUUGCGAUCUACCAAGGCACGGGUGUCUCAACGACCUCACAGCCUAAUCCCGUGAACAACGGUGUCUUCACUUUCGGGGGUAGCCAUGAGGACAUCUACGCGGAUGGCGAGUUCCAGUGGAUUCAAAUGGAGUCGCCUUUUGAGGUCUACAAGACGGGUUUCCACGGAGUCCAGGGCCACAACAUUACCGCUGACGGCAAGAACCAGUCCGGCCAGCUUCUCAACUGGUACGGCGAUGUGGUCUUUGACACUGGAGCAUCUUCCAUCAGCAUCUCCGAAUCCCACAUCGACGAAGUCUACGCAAUGACCCCGUUCUCGUAUGCGGAUCUCCUCAACGGCUACCGUCCGCUGUGCUCCGAAUUCAACGACACCUGGUCCGUCUCCUUCACGGUCGGAUUUUCCGGUGAAGCAGCCACGUUUACUCUCACGGGUGAUCAGUUGGCGGUGCCGGGCUACGUGGAUGAUGAUCACUGCUUCCCACCCUUCAAUUCGUGGAACAGUGAAAACACGAUCCUCGGUCAGCACUGGAUGCAGAACUUCUACAUGGUCUUUGACUUUGGGUCGUUUGACCCCGAGUCCUAUAACAUCCGGCUGGGCAUUGCGCCUUUGAAGAAGGAGUAUCGUCAUCGAGCGUAAACUGCGCAAUUCACGAA